AUGCAUAUUCGAGACGACCCGAUGUCUCAAGAAGACAGUCUUAAUGCUUACAUGCAGACAUUGCUCCUCAGAUCACUGCGAUCGGUGCGAAAAGAAAGACAGACGUGGUCAGGUGCUGACGGCGAUCGCGGGCGCGGAUGCCGCUCGGAGGGAGUCAAGUCGAGUCGAGUCGAGUCGAGUAUCGAGCCGCGAGCUUCAUCCGACAAGCUUGUGCGCCUCCAAGUGACGGUCACGAGCGACAUGACAGAUCACCGGUCGUUGGCAAACACGCGCAAGCUGCUCUUCCCUCGCGCUCGGCCUCCAUCACAGGAAGCUUGCAAGGCUUCCUCCGGGCUCAAGACCUCAUUGGGCUUUGCAAGCUGA